AUGGCUCCCCUGCACCAGCCACAAGACAAACAGAGAGAAAAGGCAAGUGAUGCUAUUCGAGUGGCGUGGAACGCAUUCCAAAAAGAAACUUGGGAAAACCGAGGCAAGGGGAACGGCAGAAAUUACGUUCAAAUGAGUCCCAGAGAGCGGGAGAUCAUUUUCCGCGAGGAUGCACGACGAAGAUGGCGCAGUUUCCUCAAAGACCAUCGAAUGGAUGCUGGGGCAUGGAUAAUGACGGACACGGAUGAGGAGGAGGUUGGCGUUCUCCUCGGCUGGAACCGGGACCAAAUGGUCGAUGCUUGCGAGGAGGAAUGGGGCAUCUUUGUGGUCAGUGCAGCUUUGUAUAUGUGCUUGCACAGGGCUGACACUUUUCAGAACCCGGCGAAGUUGAAGCCGGACAUGGCUCAAAGCUUUUCUGGACCACCUACGCAGAGCAUUCCCGGACCACCCUGGGUAGGGCGAACACAAACAAUUGUGCAGUCUCAACUCCCUACGCGGCAGUCGCAACUCCAAGAUUUGCAUGCCCCACAACCAUAUGCACAGCCUAGCGGGAUUAAGUUUCCAGAACAUCCUGUGCAUGCACAAGCUCAGCGACCAAUUGUGCAACCCCGACCUCCAUCCGCCCGGAUUUCGCAACCUCGAGAUUCGCAUGCCUCACAUGCAUAUAUUUGGCAAAGUGGUGUUCAACAUUCCGCACCUGGACAAGCUCCCCGACCUGCAUCUGCCCGGCGUUCGCAUUUCCAAGAUUUACGUGCCUCAGAAGUAUAUACAUGGCCCAGCAGUGUUAAACUUUCAAAAUAUCCCGUGCAUGGCCAAGCACGACUUCCCCGACAUUCACUUGGUCCAUCACAAAUGACACAAUCACGACCUUCGAGUGUCCAAUCAUCGCGCGUCCCACCACCUCGCCAAUCACGAACUUACAGCGAUGAAGGGGAAAGUGAUACCAGUGGCGACGAUGACGACGAAGAAGAGGAAGGUGAUAUUAGUGACGGUGGAGAGACGAGCGGCGGGGAUGACGACGAAGAGGGGGAGGAUAGCGAUGAUUACGAUGAAGAGGUGGAUAGCGACAAUCCCAUCGAAGAGGACGACGAAGAAGAAAGGACCAACGGAGUCAACAACAGCACAUCGGGUACCCCAUUCUCGCGCACUGAACCAUUUUUCGGUGAGGUGAGUUGGGCCGAAUUGAAGGCGAAAUCUCCCGAAACAGCCUUGUUUGCCGAGCAGUCUGCGUAUGCAUGGGCGCAAAAGUGUCAUAGAAAGGCGACACGAAACAACAGAUCGAUCGCUAAAUACCGGCUCGCUGGGCUUGCGAAGAUGGGGGUGGAAGAAUUGUUGAUCCUUGACGUACAAGAAUAUGGUCGAAUGGCCCACGAAAAAUGGGUUAAUGCGGUCAAUGCAGAGUGGGAACGGAACUUGGGGCGGGCUCAACGUGUCCCAGAGCAGACAGCGGUGCAGAAUGCAUCCAAUAUUCAACAUGCUGGGGAGCCAUUGGGGGCCAGGGAAGGACCGCAAGAUAACUUCCGUUCCGGUCAAGUGAGAGAUUCGAGAGCCUCGUCAAACCCAAAGACGAAAGACGGCAGGGGCGGACGCGUGCCCAAAGACAUCUUCAAGCAUUUGGAGUCGUUCGUUAGAAAGCGCAAUGUGGCUGGUGACGAAGGUGAAUCUGGACCCACACAUCCUGAUGGGCGACCAACUCCCAAAGAAUCGCCCCUGACACUGGAGACAAUCAGCCAACUAGAUCCAGUCAUCGGCGAGACCUCGCUUCUGCCACCCCCAGCCAUGCAUCGCAACAACACUCCGGUGCCUUCCGGGUCCCAUCCCAUGCACACCAAGCUAGAUCCAGUUAUUGGUGAGACCUCACAUCGGCCACCCUUGACCAUGCAUCGUAGCGGCACUCCAGUGCACUUUAGGUCCCAUCCCAUGCACACAUCGUCCGCAAUGUGGUACGACAUUGAUGAAGAAGCUAUCGCACCCAAGGAGAAAACCGAAUUGAAGCCCUGGGAUUCCGUACCUCACGAAUAUGAGCGAACUGAGCCUCACAAUGUUAUCAACAGCGUGAGGUCAUCCGCGUUCAUGCUGGCCGAAGAAGGCGGAGAACAAUAUCGCCAGGAUGAUGAAGAGACGUCUUAUAAUGAGGGUGAAAGCGAUUGGGACAGUGUCAUCAGUUCAGAAAGCUCCAUAAAUAUGACAGAAGCUUCUGCCCACUUUACGAGAUCUGAUCAACCACGGCCAAGCAAUAUUGAACAAUCCGCGCCAAGGACGGUGAAUGCAGGAGGACCAAACCCGGAUCAGCCAAGCGUCCAGCGUUCUGCGUGGCGAACGACACAAUCCAUCCCUAAAUCCAUGAUGCCAGCCGAUAUUCGUUCAAAGAGUUCUACCACCAGCACGACGGCCGCUGGUCAACAAAAUCCCUGGAUUAGCAGCCAAUACACCCUGGCAGGGGCACUAGAUGGCGGAAUUAAUCGACCUGGCGCCCAACGAACAGUACGGAUGAUGCAAGGCCUUCAGAGGUUUGGGAUGUUUUGGGGGAGUCCUGGAUUUAACAACGGCGAUAGCAAUGGGAGAGGGUGA